UGGGGGAGGCGCUGCGAGGGGUGGAGCGCGCCGCCGAGCUCGCUCUCGGAGUUUUGACAGUACCGGAGCUGAAAUUGUCAGCGGCGGCGAGCGCAGGAAAGUUGAGAGGAGCUCGUGGCCCCAGAACAAAGCUUGAGAAAAACCAUGGUGAAUCCGGGCAGCAGCUCGCAGCCGCCCCCGGUGACGGCCGGCUCCCUCUCCUGGAAGCGGUGCGCAGGCUGCGGGGGCAAGAUUGCAGACCGCUUUCUGCUCUAUGCCAUGGACAGCUAUUGGCACAGCCGAUGCCUCAAGUGCUCCUGCUGCCAGGCGCAGCUGGGAGACAUCGGCACGUCUUGUUACACCAAGAGCGGCAUGAUCCUUUGCAGAAAUGACUACAUUAGGUUAUUUGGGAAUAGCGGUGCUUGCAGCGCUUGCGGACAGUCAAUUCCUGCGAGUGAGCUCGUCAUGAGGGCGCAAGGCAAUGUGUAUCAUCUUAAGUGUUUUACAUGCUCUACCUGCCGGAAUCGCCUGGUCCCGGGAGAUCGGUUUCACUACAUCAAUGGCAGUUUAUUUUGUGAACAUGAUAGACCUACAGCUCUCAUCAAUGGCCAUUUGAAUUCACUUCAGAGCAAUCCACUACUGCCAGACCAGAAGGUCUGCUAAAAGGUCAGAGUAAUGCAGAAUGCGUGCCUUCAUCUCAGAUUUUGUUCAUCACAGGUGGAUCCCAUGUGUCUUCAGUAGACAAGUCACCUUUGUAGCUAGCACCAGUGCCAGCUCCAUGCCAUUGCACCUUCUUUAGUCUUGAUUGCCCUUCCUGCAUUUAUUGGUGUAUUAAAAUGACUGAAUAUGAACAUUAAGGACUCCAUGAACCUGGGCUAAUGGGAGACUGUAGAGAAAAUGAAAAAAGAUCCACCGGAGGACAUCUUUGGGGGGGAGGGAGCUUGGGGGGAGGGAAAUGACUAAUGAAGCUAAUUAAAAGAAGCAUUCAAAUCUGCUUUCUACCCUCAUUAACAAUUAGCAGGGCACUGGCCAGAGUUUGUACCCUGUGUUUUACCUUAACAACAUUCUAUUUGCUCUUUGUAUAUUUAAGUGUUGUAAGGAAACGUGUUUCAAUCAAAACUGAACAUGAGAUAAGGAAAGAGAUGUGGCUUUUGUGAUAAUUCUAUCACAAACACUUUUAUUGUAUCUCUGUAAAAUACAAUGUAUGUAUGCAUGUAAGUGUUUUUGUCCUAAUGUUGCUACUCCCAUGGCAAAGAUUAAAAAAAAAAAAAAAAGAAUGAAAAAGAAAAAAAAAUUGGAAAAAAAAUCAGGCUCAUAGCAGCUACUGUGUAGAAAUUUCCCCUUACUUCUAAUUUGCUGAAUGAAGAAAAAAAAAUCUUUUAUUUGUGAUAUUUUCAGAGACAUUUGCUCUAGUAUGGUGUAUUUAAAUAAUAAAAACUUAAAAGAAAAAAAUAUUCAAUGGAGUUUGGGUUUAAACACUGCUUUUUUCUUUUGUAUUUUGGAAAAAAAUUAGUUUUAUUUUGUUGUAUGAAAAACUCACUUUAAAUUUGAGGGGUGAGGGAGGUGAUAUAUAUAUUUAGCUCUGGGCCAAAAUGGCAGUUUCAAAAUUACUUAUCUGUGCCAUUUUUGGCAGGGGUGCAAAGCAAUGUUUCUAACAGAGUCUUUUUUAUAAGUUCAGAAUAUUCUGUUACCCCACUUCAUUACACUUCUAUAUCACAAUGAGUCUUGUGUUUACACAUAAAUACUUGUUGGAUUCUUCAGCUAUUUUGUUGAUUCUUUUUUCUCACUAGGAAAACCUUGGGUGCUGACAAAAGGCAUGUUAAAGUAUAUGGCACAACCAUCUUGUUCUGUUAUUAGGUUUAUAGCUUUUGAAGAGAGCAGCAUUUCUAAACCACACCUAUGUGUAUUUGACGUUCCAUUAGCUUAGGGCCCUACAACUCUUGUGUAGGAUCAUCGAUGGGGAAAGCAGCCGUUUCCUGGUGAGCUUUUAGACUGUGUGGUCUGCUGUGAGUGAGAGUUGUUUAUUUUGUUUUACUCUUACACUCCUCCACCGACUUUGCCUUUCCAUAUGUUUGUUGGGGGAGGAUUCUAAUUUCAUUUAGUGGUAGUCUUGAGACAGUGGCUGGGCUGGGCCAAAGAGUCUCUACAGCAGCUGAGAUGUGCCCUGAGGGGUCCAGGACUCAGCCUCCUGGUCUUGGAAUAAGGAAAAACCAAAGAGGCCUGGGUACCCACCGGGCCUGCACCACCAGGCUCAAUGCAUGUAAGCAAAUCUCAACUACAGCUUCUGCACAGGCUAAUACAACCAGGUGUGUUUAUAUGUCUACUUUCCUUUUUACAAAAAUGGCAUUUUAUUUUACUCUAGAAAAAACCCUCAUCCAGACCAACUGAUACUAGGAGUAGAUAGAAUGGAGAAGUCUAGCUCCGCACACCUCAGCUAAACCAUCCGUUUUCCUUUCCUUUGAGAACUUCUAUGCUCACUUCCUGCUUUCAGAGUUCCAGGCUGGCGGAAAAAUUAGUUGCUCAAACGGCAAGCCUCCUAUAAACCUCCUGUAGGAGAAUUUAAAAGCAGAGAGUUAAAAUGAAUUGUUUUGUCAGAGCUUUAUAAAAAGAAAAUGCAGGGGGAAAAAAAUCACAUGCAUAACAAUAUCUGUUUAACUUACACCCUUUGGGGAAUUUCUCCAAACUUGAUCUGGUUCAUAUGUCUUUUUUUCUUUACAAUGCUUUCUGAAGGAACUUGGACUCUUCCAGUGGUAAAGGGAGAAAUGUGUGAAGAUUGCAAGCAUCUUCUAUAUUCUUUUUGGCAUAAGCACUCGUGUCCCAUAUAGUGUAGAAAUUCAAAGGAGGUGGUUAAUAACUUUAAUAGGUAAUACAGUGUGGCAUUUAGUGAUAUGGAGGGCGAAGGUCGUUACAGAUUUUAAAUGAACUAUUAUAUGGCUGGUUCCUGAAGCACUGCUGUGUAUUUAAUAACGAGCUUCUAAAAGCAUUUCUUAAGUUGCAGACCUAUAAGAUUACAAAUGUCACUCAUGUUAGUAUAAUCCACAUGCAAGUGAUGAAGCCUUCUCUUUGAUGUGCUAAAUUGGAGAAGGACUAAUGGAGCUAUGAAUAUACAAUAGAACAUAUUUAAGUAGUAGUCUUGCUUUAGGUAAAACACUUUCUUGAAACCAGAGGCAUUUCAAACAAUAAAACCCGUCUCUAAUGGGGAUGCUCUGUGUGGAUAGAAAGCUACUAAAAACACUCAGGUUUAUUCUGAUGUGAGCAGUGAUUGUACUUCCUUCCCCAACCCCAGCAUAGCUUAGGAAAAAGAAAAAAAAAAUCCACGAGCUUACCCACCUUUCAUCCAUUGCAUUUGUGAUGUUAUUAGUGAGGUGUACACCACUCUUCUGAAAGGACUUAAUAUUAACCACAUCAUGGAGCAAGAUGGUCCCAGUCCCUACAAGCAAGUGCAAUUACAAAAUAAAAGCAAAUGCUACUGAGCCUUGCUGAACUCCUGAUAAAAAAUUAUGUUUAUGAUACAUAUAAAUGUCUCAAUCAUGCAAAUUGUCACUCUUGCUAAUGAAACAAUUUUGUAAAAAGAUUGUCCUCUAAAAGGGUUUAAUGUUUUUUUUUUUUUUUAACCUAUCUAACUGUCUAGUUAGAUUUACACAUUCUGCAAAGCAGGGGAGCCUGAAGCCUUUCCAAACCAAAUCGUUUGCCACAGAAACUAUUUCCAGCUCUUCAUGAUUUAUUAGGAAAUAGUUUAACACGGACUGUAGUGUCUUAUAAAAUACAAAAUGAGAAAACUGUCACACCAAAAUGAAGCCUGUGAAAUUGUCAUCCUCUUAAUAUUAACUAUAUUUAAAUUCUUUUUCUUUUGCCCUUAUUAGCACUGAUAUUUGAAACAACUAAUCAUCUAAAAUGAAGCUCUUAAAUUAAAUGGCUUCAAAUGUCAAUACAGUAAGAUUCUAAUGUACAAUACUAUUUAUAUAAAAUAUUUCUUAAAGCCAAUAAAUUAUAUAAUAAACAGUGAAUCCAAGAGCUAUGUAUCGACAGUUCCCAUAUAGCCUAAAUAAUUGUAUUUAAAUUAUGAGGCGGUGUUUCAGAGACUCCUUCCCUGGGGAGUUCAAUCCUGGUUGCUCCCCCCACCCACUUAGUUUGAGAGCCAUUGGAAACACAGACCAUUUACAAGUUAAUGUUACUUGUGGCUUUGUUACUAAAACUCACCUAUUGUCAGUCCAGCCAAGUCACAGAAAUGCUUAUUGCAGUUAAAUAGCAAUUUGUUUCCAUGAAACUGCAAUUAAAGUAUUACUGAGCAGCCAUUUUAGAUUGGCAAUGCUCUGAAUGCAUGUUAAGCAGCCAGCGACUCCCACUUGCAGAGUCUGAGGUCUGACUAGCAGCAGAGUGUGUCUCAUGCACCGAUGUUGGGUACCGAGCUAAGAUGCAUCUGUGGCCCUCCCGUUCCUACUGUGAACAUGCUGGGAGCGAUGACAAGUCAGGGCCAAUUUUUGGAAGGAGAACUUGCGACUUAACUCAAGUGAAUACUAUUUUCAGUUGUACAAGAAGUGCUUUAUACUAGUAGAUAUGUGCAUGUUUCCUAGAGGGAAUGUUUUCAAGUUCAGAUUGAUUCUGCUGAGAAUGGACUGCAACUUGGAGGCCUCAAGCCAAUAAUGUACUACAGGUCCUGACAUGUUACAGCUGUGUAAACAGGGCCAUUCUCUCUCCUAAAUCACAACUAAUAAAGCAUAGGAUGAAAAUCAA